AUGUCUAUAUUAAAACUAGUUUCAUCUAAAGCUGCAAGUGAAAUUGAUAAGGAAUUGAUGGGUCCUCAAGUAGGAUUCACUCUACAACAGUUAAUGGAAUUGGCCGGUUUCAGUGUAGCUCAAGCAAUUCAACGGGAGUAUCCAUUAAAUCAAAACAGGAAUAAGAAUGGUGUGUUUAUUAUUGUGGGGCCAGGAAAUAAUGGUGGUGAUGGGUUAGUAUGUGCAAGACAUUUAAAAUUGUUUGGUUAUAAUCCAAUUGUAUAUUAUCCUGUUAGAAGUAAAAGAACAGAGUUUUAUAGUCAAUUAGUUAACCAAUUAGAAUUUUUCCAGGUUCCAAUCCUUUCAGAGGAACAGCAGAACAAAUGGACAGAAUAUUUGGAACCAGGAAAAAUUGCGUGUAUUGUUGACGCAAUAUUUGGAUUCUCAUUCAAACCACCUAUCAGAGAACCAUUCGGUACAAUUGUCGAAGAACUGAAUAAAUUGGAAGAUAAAAUUCCAGUUGUUGCGGUUGAUAUCCCAACAGGAUGGGAUGUAGAUAAUGGACCAAUAGAGAAUGAACCUUCUUAUGUGCCAAGUGUUCUCGUAUCCUUAACUGUUCCAAAACCAUGUAGUCAAUGCAUAAAUCCAAAGAGAACCACACAUUAUGUAGGUGGUCGUUUUAUACCUAGACAUUUCGCUGAAAAAUAUGGGUUUGAACCAUAUGAGUAUAAGGGAACUGAUCAAAUAUUGAAAUUUUAA